AUGGCCGAGCGGUCUAAGGCGCUGCGUUCAGGUCGCAGUCCACUUCUGUGGGCGUGGUAUGACUGGGAGAGGAUAGUGGGGGGAACGAAGGCCCCUAAUGGUUCCGUACCUUACCAAGUGUCACUUCGUGUUUGGGGGGUGCGUCAUUUCUGUGGCGCUUCCCUCAUAGCUCCGAGAGUAAUAUUGACUGCUGCGCAUUGUGUUGACGGCUUAAAACCUCAGUAUUUCCAAGCCAUAGUAGGAACUAACCAACUUCUAGCAGGAGGUACCGCUUACACCAUCCGGAAAGUCGUAAAACAUAAAGAAUAUGACGAAGAAAUUAUUGUGAAUGACAUAGCUAUUAUAUUUACUGAUAAAGAAGUAGAAUUCAAUGAUAAAGUAGAUGCUAUUGAGCUGAAUGAUGAACCAGUUGCCGCGGGCGAAGAAUUACUCUUAACAGGAUGGGGUACUACUUCUUAUCCCGGACAUCUUCCCAACGAUUUAAUGCAAUUACAACUAAAAGCGGUUUCCUACGAAGACUGUAAAGAGGCGCAUAACUCAACAAACGCUGUGUUCGAAACAGAAAUAUGUGCUAUGACAAAAUCUGGAGAAGGAGCGUGUCAUGGCGACUCUGGAGGUCCUUUGGUACGUGAAGGCCGCCAAGUUGGUAUCGUGUCGUGGGGUAUUCCCUGCGCUAGAGGGAAACCGGAUGUUUACACGAAGGUGGAAUCCUAUAUGGAGUGGAUAGAACAAGUUCUCAAGGAAGAUGAUGAAGAGCAUCUUCAAUUCAUACAAGGACACAGACGGACAAACAGACAUUAA